CCCGAAGAGAGAGAGAGGGGGGGGGGGGGGAGGGAGCGAGCAGGAGGCGUGUCCCUCGCCGCCCCCCGGGCCCUUCUUAACCGCGCCGGCUGCAGGCGGGAGGGCGAGUGGACCAUGGCGAGCCAGGGCGUGAACCACAGCAACUGCCGGGAGAAAAGCCCCGCGGAGGCCAAAGAGCCCCCCGGCAAUGCUGCCUCGCCGAUGCUGGCCGGGAUGGAGGUGGCCGAGGACCCGGAGAAAGCGGCGCCCAGGGGCCAAGCCAAGGACCCCUCCUACAAAGUGCUCUCCCUGGUGUUGUGUGUCAUUGUGCUAACAGUAAUCCUAGGAUGUAUAUUCGGACUAAAACCUAGCUGUACAAGAGAUGUUAAAACAUGCAAAGGGCGUUGUUACGAGAGAACUUUUGGAAGCUGCCGGUGUGACAGUGAAUGUGCUAAACUUGGAAACUGCUGCUUAGAUUUCCAAGAAGCUUGUAUAGAACCUGCUCAUAUAUGGACAUGUACUAAAUUUCGAUGUGGAGAGAAGAACCGACCAGAGUACCGUUGUUCCUGUUCAGAUGACUGUGUGAAAAAUAAUAAUUGCUGUGCAAAUUAUUACUCAGUUUGUGAAGGGAAGACAAGCUGGCUGGAAGAUACAUGUGAGGACUUAAAUGAACCGCAGUGCCCAGAAGGAUUUACAAAACCUCCAGUGUUGCUGUUUUCUUUGGAUGGAUUCAGAGCAGAGUAUUUGCACACAUGGGGUGGACUUCUUCCUGUUAUUAACAAAUUACGGAAAUGUGGAACAUACGCUCGUAACAUGAGACCAGUGUAUCCCUCAAAAACAUUUCCCAAUCAUUACAGCAUUGUCACGGGCCUUUACCCAGAAUCUCAUGGUCUAGUGGAUAACAAAAUGUAUGACCCAAAGAGAAAUGCUUAUUUCACACUCAGAAACAAGGAGAAGUUUAUGCCCCAGUGGUACCAAGGACAGCCAAUUUGGCUGACAGCCAUGUAUCAAGGACUCAAAUCUGCUACCUUCUUCUGGCCUGCUUCAGAUGUUGAUGUUAAUGGAACUUUUCCAAACAUCUAUAAAUUAUACAAUGGAUCAAUACCAUUUGAAGAAAGAGUGGUAACCUUUCUUAGUUGGUUACAGUUACCAGAAGAGAAAAAACCACACUUUUACACUCUGUAUUUAGAAGAACCAGAUUCUUCAGGCCACGUCUAUGGACCAGUCAGCUCUGAAGUCAUUCUUGCAUUACAAAGAGUAGAUAAAGUUGUUGGAUUGCUGAUGGAUGGCCUGAAGGAGAUGAACUUGCAUAAUUGCAUUAAUAUUCUUCUUCUUGCAGAUCAUGGGAUGGAAGCAGCCAGCUGUAACAAAGCAGCAUACUUAAAUGCAUACAUGGAUGAUGUUCAAGAUUUGUUUGUGGUACCUGGCCCUGCAGCUCGCUUGAGACCCCAAAAAGUUCCAGAUGAGUAUUAUACUUUUGAUUAUGAAGGCAUUGUCAGAAAACUUAGUUGUGUGGCUCCAGACCAGCCUUUCAAGGCAUACAUGAAGCAGAUGCUUCCCAAACGAUUUCAUUAUGCCAAGAACGACCGUAUUGAACCUGUACACUUUUACAUGGAUCAGCAGUGGCAACUUGCUCGGAUGCCCUCUGAACUCAAGUAUUGCACUGGUGGAUUCCAUGGAUCAGACAAUGUUUUUCCAAAUAUGCAGGCUCUGUUUAUUGGAUAUGGACCUGGAUUCAAGUCUCAAACUGAAGUUGAGCCCUUUGAAAACAUUGAACUCUACAAUUUAAUGUGUGAUCUCCUUGACUUGACACCAGCACCUAAUAAUGGAACGCAUGGGAGCUUAAACCACCUAUUAAAGAAAGCCAGUUAUAUCCCAAAGCAUCCCAAAGAAGAAAGUAGUCCUUCUUCAUGCCCUUUCACAGGGCGUAGAACCUCUGCAGAUGAUCCUUACUGUUCAUGUAAUUCUUUGGGUUUGCCACCUUUUCGACCACGGAUAAAUCUCACAGCUUCAGAAAUAAAGAAAAUAGAAAAAUACAGUGUACCAUUUGGGAGACCUAGAGUACUCCAGAAGAAGCAGAUUCAUUGCCUUCUUCACAACCAACACUCUGUCACUGGAUAUAGCCAGAACAUCAAGAUGCCUUUGUGGAGUGCCUACACUAUUAAGAAGCCUGAUAUCCGGAAUGCCUCUGCAGAAGCCAUCUCAAGCUGUUUCCAAGUUGACAACCGUAUUCCUUUGAAUGGCAGCCAGACCUGUACAUUUUACAAAAGCCACCCUGAGCUUAAAUAUGGAUUUCUUUUCCCACCAAAUGUGAUAAAAGAUGAAAGAAACAGUAAAUAUGAAGGGCUUUUUUCAAGCAACAUUGUACCAAUGUAUCCAGCUUUUCAAGUGAUUUGGAACUAUUUUAAUACAGUCCUACUGCCAACAUAUGCUUCAGCCCGAAAUGGUGUAAAUGUGAUCACUGGCCCUGUGUUUGAUUAUGAUUACAAUGGUGUGUAUGAUACAUCAGAAGAACUAACAAGACUCUCAAAUUAUUCAGAAGUCCCACUUCCAACUCACUACUUCAUUAUAUUAACAAGUUGUAAAAAUGUCUCCCAGACUCCUUUGCAGUGUGAAGGAUUUCUUGAUGUUGUAUCUUAUAUUGUUCCUCACAGAGAGGACAACAGUGAAAGUUGUGCUACCAGUAAGCCAGAGUCCUUGUGGGUUGAAGAGAGAAUGAAAAUGCAUACAGCCCGAGUGCGAGAUGUAGAACUUCUUACAGGACUUAGUUUUUACCACGAUAGAAAACAGCCAGUAGCUGAUAUUUUGCAGUUGAAAACAUACUUGCCAUCAUUUGAUAAGGCCUGAUGGUUUAAUUUUUGUACUUUGCUGGGGUUUUUUUUGUACAGAAAGACUAUAUGAAGAGUUUUUGAGGAUGCUUGAGCACAAUGCAAGCACGAGGAAAUCUGUGCCACAUUUAUAUCUCAGGGACAUUUUAUGAACCAAAUAUAAUGGAGACGAGCACUUUCUCUCUGCCUUACUAAACACAUGAAUGUGGUCUGAAGUGUUUUAUAUUGUUGUUAAAACCAAUCUGCCAAUAUGAUACAAGCAAAUACACAGGAGAAUAAAAUCAGCUAUACUUCUCAACUACAUCAAUGCUCCAAAUUUUUCUUCAUUUGUUGUCUGUUUAUUUUUUUUGUUUUAUACAGUGAAAUGAUUCACUUUGUUAAUCCACUAAGUGGCAUGUCUAUUUCAACAAUGACAGUAUAAAUACUAAAGUACAUCCAUGUCCUGAUAUUGUUUUUCUGCACUGGAUGUUUAAUAAAUCCAGUGUACAGUAAUAUAGUGUGUAUUUCUUUAUUAUAUUUGACACAUUAUGCUAUUUAAUACAUAGGUUUUACUUCCCUUAUCUGGAAAUCCAAAAUACUCCAAAAUUGUCGACAUUUGUAUGUGUGUGUGUGGGCUGGGGGGGGGGCUGUGAUAGUGACAUAUUUUUUUCCUGAUGGUUCAAUGCACACAAAUGUUGUUUCAUGCACAAAAUCAUUAAAAAUAUUGUAUAUAAAAUGU